AUGGAGGUUCCCUUGACGGACGCCUCUGAUGCUCCUCCUUCGAACCCUACUGUGAACCCUACUGUAUACCAUGACGCCUCUCUCCCCAAUACCAACAGUGUACCUGCCCCUCCUCCCCAGUAUCCUUCAGACCCGAUCUCUCAUGCGCAACCGGGCCCCAGCAACGGACCUCGAAGGGGUUCGUUUCCGGACGUCCUUCCUCAAGGCCACACUUUACCUCAACCCAUCAGCGCCUCCAUUGGCCUGGUGACGCAGGACAUGUCCAGUUCCAUGCAAAGUGCACUUCCAAAGCCCGAUCUAGGUCACCAAGACCCGCAAACUGACAGCGAUCCUGAUUUCCAGUCCUCAGGCGCGCGAUCGAGCAUGAGUGUUGCCCCGCGCUCUCUGAAUGAAAUGCCACAGGAAACUGAAGACUCGACAAUCACAGUUGCGGACUUCCUGGAUACCCAAGCUGGCCACAUAAGCUCGACUGCAUCUACACCAUCUGUCACGCAGAGUGUAGCCUCUCACCGGAGCAAGCAGUACCUCCUUCCUAAUGGCUCGGUAGUACCUGGGAAAGGUCUUGGACGAGGCAGACCCGGUCUCAAACGGGGACCUAGAACUCCAAAGUACCCGACUGGGGAUGCAGUGUCGUCGCCGGCAGCCUCUAUGAUUGCGACGGUUGGCUCCUCAGAAUCGGCCAAUCCCCCGAGCAAGAAACGCAAGAGUGGCAACUCUGUCGGCUCGCUGAUCAACGCGCAGGUGUCGACACUCGAUUCUGUCACGACACCAUCUCGAGAGUCGUCGGAAAAUUACAACCCUACUGCCACACAGACACGAUCUGGCCGACACAGCCAUAGGCCGGUUUCACUCACAGACGCAACGGCCGCGAGCGCAAGCCCCUCAAGGAAAGGAAGCCGCGCGGACAGACCUACCAGCACUGCCUCUGCAUCUCCCGCGACAGUCAAGACUCACCCCAAGAUCAAGCGCCGGGUUUAUCGUGGUCGCGAGCAGUUUGCGCUUUGCGAGCAUUGUCUACGUGGCCACGGUCCACCAGUCAAUGUGAUCGUCUUCUGCGACGCAUGCAACAAAUGUUGGCACCAACGCUGUCAUGAUCCACCUAUAUCCAAGCAAACCGUUUCGGACACUAAGACUGAGUGGUUCUGCUCCGAAUGCGACCGUAUUUUGCAUGGUACGAAGAAGGCCAAGAAAAUGGCGAAACCAAGCGCUCAAUCGACUUUGACCGUGCCUGUCACUAAACCAACGCUUGCCUACGACGGCCCGCUAGUCGGAGGCCGUCUACUGGAUGCUGGACAGAAAUCGGCUUACCUCAGUACCCUUCAGAAGGAUGACUUGGUCUCACUCCUUUUAGAAGCUUCCAAUUUAGCCCCUGAUCUACCUAUCUUCAAAAGACUUGUUCCGGUAUCUCAGCCAAUCGAUUUUCCUCAGGCUCAGUUCACGUCGACCUACGUGACGCCAGCUUCCAAACCACCGAUGUUUGCGGACAAGGAUCCUCGAAAUACCACUGACACCGUCGAUGAAGGCUACGAUGACUAUUUCGAAGAUCACUCUGCCCUGUACCCCAAAGCUGGGAACGGGGUUCAACUACCCCCAGAAAGCGAGGACUUACACAUUCUGCUAGAGGGCAAAGAUAGCAAAACCUUUAGCCACUGGGUCCGUGGGAUGGGGGGGCAAGAUUUCAGUGGAACCGGGAAUGUUAUGUCGUGA